UGCAAUGGAUGGAUGCUUUUUUUACAAAAUAUUUGUCUUAGUGUAAACAAAAUGUUUCCCUCCCGACACAUUUUACGCAUCGAUAUACUCCGCGCUGUUGCGGGAGGCUGCUGAAUCUUAAUAAAUGCUCCGGGAACAACGGGUUUUUCAGUUAUAAUUUGAAGAUUAACGCUAGCUGAAGCUGUUUGAAGUGGCUACGCUCACAGCUAGCUCCUAUCCUUUGCUGUCUACCAUCGCAUUCUUGUGUCUCCUGCCUCGGGAAUGUUCUCCAAAAAACCUCAUGGGGACGUCAAAAAGUCAACACAGAAAGUGUUGGACCCAAAGAAGGACGUGUUGACGAGGCUCAAACAUCUCAGAAUAGUCAUAGAAAAUGCAGAGCCCUCAGACCUGAAGCAGUUCUUCGACCUGAACUACUCUCACAUCUACUAUGUCUUCUUCGAGAACUUUGUCACCAUCGAGGUCAGCCUCAAGCAAAAAGGUCACAAGUCUCAAAGGGAGGAGCUGGACUCAAUCCUCUUCAUCUUUGAGAAAAUCCUCCAGCUCCUACCAGAGAGAAUUCAGAGGCGAUGGCAGUUCCACAGCAUCGGGCUGAUCCUCAAGAAACUGUUGCACACUGGGAACUCUCUAAAGAUCCGCCGUGAAGGUGUGCGCUUGUUCCUGCUGUGGAUGCAGGCGCUACAGACCAACGCAGAGCGCGAGCAGCUCUGCAUGUUUGCCUGUUUGAUUCCCGGCUUCCCGGCUCCACUCUGCCACGGGACCCCACGCACCUUGGACACACUGAUCAAUCCGUCACUGAGCUUAACAGAGACUCAAGUGACCCCAGAAGAGAUCACUCCACUGGUUCCUCCCCAGUCAGGUGACAAGAACCAGGAAGACCUCACUGCUUAUUUUCUAGAAGCGCUACUGAAAUACAUGGCCAAGUCUCUGGAGUGGCGUUGUAAAGACAACCAUGAGCGCGGUUUCAGCUUCCUGUUUGGUCACUUCAGGAAGUUUUACCUUUCUCUCAUCUUUCCCAACUUUGCCAUGGAAACCAGCCUCUACAGCCCCAUCCUGGAUGUGCCUCCGAUGCGGUCAAAGCCCUACUACAGCGUGGUGCGCAGGGAGCAGGACGGUGGCGAAACCAUCUACUGCACCAAGGAGAGUUUCCUUCAGGCUCGAGUCAUCUUCAUCCGCUGGCUGGUUUCUUUCUGGCUGGAGCCACGACCCAACACGCACACGCACAUCCCAGGAACAGAGGGAGAGAACGUCCCCAAGAACAUACAGCGAGCAGCAGCCGGACUGGCCGCUCGCUCUGCAGGCAGCUCAGAAGACAGCAUUGUAGGAGGCAUCCGAUCUGACAACCACCUGGAAAGUAGCGGGAGCUCAUUAGGACCAGGAGGAGGCAGCAUGGGGAUCUGCGGGGGUCCGGGGACUGGGGGUGAACCUGAACAGAGUCACUCCAACACGUCUACGUUGACAGAGAGAGAGCCCAGCUCCUCCUCACUCUGCUCCAUGGAUGAAGAGCAGCUAACGGACAUGGAGGUGGUCAGGAGAGUCCUUACCUGCUCCAGAACCAACGUCAACUUCAUCACUGAGAUCUUUAGACAGGCCUUCCUCCUUCCAAUGUGCGAAGCUGCAGCAAUGCGAAAAGUGGUCCGUGUUUACCAAGAGUGGAUCUCCAUGGAGGACAAGCCAGUGUUUAUGAAGGAGCCAGAGGAGGGACCCUACCCCAUAGCCACUGCCAGCAGUAUGGAUACAGGCUCUCGGCUCGGAGACAAGGACGAUGAGGUGAGGAGUCAUCUGAAAUCAGACAUAUAAUCAUCUGCUAUACUUCAAAGUACAGGUGGAUCGAGUGAACAGGUCUAAACCGUGUGUUUAUUUUCCUCUCAGGGAACAAACAGUGUUCAUGCAGGAGUUCAGACUACACUACAGGUCUUUAUCACCCACUCCUCUAACGUUUUCCUCCUGGAGCCGGCCAACGACAUCAAGAUCCUUUUAGAGGAGCACGUUGACAUGUGCAAGAGAGUCUUAAACAUCUACCGCAGCCUCGUCAUGCAUGAGACAAUGGACCAGAAAACAUGGGAGCAGAUCUUACUGGUUCUGCUGAGGGUGACAGAGUCUGUGAUGAAAAGACCUCCAUCCAUCAUGCCCCCGGGCAAGAAGAACAACACACUGUCAGGCAGAUUGGCUGGACCUAUCUUUCAGACACUGAUAGUAGCCUGGAUUAAGGGGAACCUGAACGUCUACAUCAGCAGAGAACUGUGGGACGACCUCCUCUCCGUCCUCUCCUCCCUCACCUGCUGGGAGGAGCUGGUGACGGAGUGGUCGCUAACCAUGGAGACCCUCACCAAGGUGUUGGCCAGGAACCUGUACAGUGUUGAUCUGAACGAGCUGCCUCUGGACAAACUCAGUGAACAAAAACAGAAGAAGCAUAAAGGAAAAGGUAUAGGUUCGGAGGGCCAGCGGCAGAUUGUGGAUCGUUCCUUCUCUAAAGGCUGGAGCAGAGACCAACCAGGCCAGGCGGCAGCCAUGAGGCAACGGAGCGCCACCACCGCCGGCUCACCAGGCAUCGAAAAGGCCAGGAGUAUCGUCCGCCAGAAGACUGUAGACCUCGAUGACCCACCGAUCACGCUGACGUCCCGCCCGUCUCGGAUGCGCCACUCCUCACAGAGCGACGAGGCUCCCCCGGCCUCCUGCUCCGAGGUGUUCCAGGCGGCGGGGGCUUGCGACCUGGAUCCACCAGCCCCUUCCUCCCUCGCGAGGAGCAGCAGCGCCUCCGAUGUCAUGGAGCCUUUCAUCGCAGAGCGGGUCAAAGGUGAAGACCCACAGAGGGAUCCCAGUCUAAUCCCAAACCCCCACCUCCACCAACACCACCACCACUCCACAGCCGCUUCUAGCCACACAGCUCAACCACUCCCACACCUCCUCCACUCCUCUUCUCCCACCCCUUUUACCUUCUCCAAUGGUGUUGUUUCCUCUACCUCAGAUGGACAAGAUGACGGUAGUGUGUGUGACCAGUUCUGGCAACAGAGCGGCUCUCAAAGCCGAGGUUCUAGUUCCGAUUGGGUAAGCGACUGGGAUUCCGCCUUCAACUUUUCCUCUGAAAAAGAAAUAGAUGUAGAGGAGGGUGAAACAGGGGCUGCGGGAGAGGACGAUCUAUUCUCCUCUAUUCGGGACUAUUUAACUCACAAGGGAGCUGAGAGGAAGGAGGAGGCAGGAGAGAGAGAUAGUCCCGGUCACGCAUUAGAAAACAAUGCUGCACCUUCCCCUGUACCUGUGCACACCGGGGUAGCUAGAACGCAAGUAGAAAACGCAGGACAGGUAGGAGAGGCAAAAAAGGUGGUAAAAGAGGAGAGGCAGGUUGUAACAGAGGACAGGCAGGUAAGUAAAUCAGUGAGACACAGCAGCGUUGAUUCGAUAGAGGAGAACGACACAGAGCAGCGGAGCAUCUACGAGUGUCUGGAGUUGCAGUGUCAGUGGCCUUCACCCAAUGCUAAGGGGAGUGCUAGUUUAGAGAGACACACCGGGGAGAAGGAGAAAAGGGGGGGAAGUACCGGAAGAGGAGGUGGGUGGGAGGGAAAGCCUGAUAUAUGUAGGGAACGGGGAGAAGAGAAAAAGGAUGUUAAAGAAGUAUCUGCAAGCGAUAGGUUUCAUUUAAUCAGACAGGAUGCUAACGUAACAGAAUCUAGCACUGAACCAAUUCAAACUCCCCAAAUUGUUGAUCCAGCUAAGCACAAGAUGUCCCGUAUUAAUGCCAAGAAGCUUCAUUCCGGGGGUGUCCAUGUCAGCUUUAGGCCCUCCACCGAGUCUGUCCAGUUUCACAACCCCCUCGAGAGCAAAGAGGCCCACUGGAAAGCCAGGCUGCGCCGCCUCAGUCACUUCCACACUCAUAGCCACUCAGCCGGUGAGAGGCAGGGGUCUGGAGCUGGGGCGGGGUCAGGGGGCAAGCUUGGAGCAGGGGGUGCAGGUAAGUUCGGCUCUGUGGCAGGUAUUGGCCAUAGAGUAGGGGCGCAUGAGAGAGCAGGCUCUGGGACUGUUACUGACAACAGCGGGGCAGGGGGCGCAGCAGGUGCCGGAGGCCUGGAGAACCGGGCCGGUACCGGAGCGGGAGACAAGGACAAGCAGCAGCAUCAUGGAUCUUGUUCGGGAUCCGGUCAGGGUCCCGAGGCUCACUCAGAGGCCUCGCCAAGCAGUUCAGGGUCCUCUGGAGUGUCCUCAGGGGUGCGUGGCCGCCUGGGGCGCUCCGCCUUACGAUCUCGGGCCUCCCGCUCACGCUCCCAGGAGCCGGGCAGCACCGUGUCACGGCACCACCAGGGGGCUCUUCUCGGUGGCAUGUAUAAGACUGUGGUUCACGCUCUGUCCUCCAAGCCCCGGCCUAGGGGUCAGGGGUCAUCCCAAGGCUCGUCGCCACAGCGGCAAGGCAGGGCUGCCAUGGGCGACGCGUCGCUAAGAGACCUCUACUCCCACGUCCUGGGCUACUUUGGACGAAAGACGACCACGCCAGCCAACAAAGAGGAGGUGGUUCAGAAGGCUCGUCCAGUCUCUAGCGAUGUAGGAAGCACCAACCCAAACUUUUCUGACCUCAUGGAUGAGUUCAUCCAGGAGAGACUGAGGGCCAAAGGAACAGCGGGCCGUCGUGGCAGCAGCCCAGGCAGUCUUGAGGUUCCCAGGGACCUGCCGGAGCUCUUGGAGGCUGGACAGAGUCCUGGAUCCCGACCCUCAGAUGACCCUCGGCCUAUUGAUGAUCCGGGUGUUCCUUCUGAGUGGACGUCACCCGCUAGUGCCAGCGGCUCCGAUGUCAUCAGCUCUGACAGCCAGUCGGACUCCUUUAACGCCUUUCAAUACUCCACCUGCAAGUUUGAUAAUUUUACUUUCACUUCAGAAGCAGGCGCAGGUGGAGUUGGAUCUGGAGGAGGAGGACGAGGCAGCUCACUGGACCAGGACAGCCUGGGAGGAGGCGUGACCUGUGAAGAACACGAAGUAGAAAGUUUGACGACGCUUCACAUUGACUCAGAGACCAGCAGCCUUAGCCACACUGUCACUGUGACUGGUUCUGAGAGUGCGUCUCCCAUGCAUUCCCUCGGAGGCUCUCGUUCUCAGACGCCGUCCCCUGCCACGCUGACAGCAGAGCACACCGAUCGCACACACUCCCACUCGCACACACACCUCCAGCUAGAACAGAAGCUCCACAACUCUGUCCUACAGACCCCCGAUGACCUAGAAACGAGUGAGUUCCCAAGUGAGGACUGCAGUGUGAUGGCAGGUGGCUCGCUAACUGGAUGGCACGCAGAUGUUGCCACAGUAAUGUGGCGGAGGAUGCUGGGUAUCCUGGGGGAUGUCAAUACCAUCAAAGAUCCAGAAAUCCAUGCUCAGGUCUUCGACUACCUUUGCGAACUGUGGCAAAACCUGGCUAAGAUCAGAGAUAAUUUGGGUAUUUCUCAUGACAACCAGUCAUCACCCCCUCCCCCUGUUCUGAUCCCACCACUGAGGAUCCUCACUCCAUGGCUCUUCAAGGCCACCAUGCUGACAGAGCGUUACAAGCAGGGGAAGCUUCAUGCCUAUAAACUGAUCUGCAGGAUCAUGAAGAGGCGGCAAGAUGUUUCCCCAAACACAGACUUUCUCACACACUUCUACAACAUCAUGCACCAAGGACUGCUGCACCAAGACCAGGACAUUGUGAACACCAUCAUCAAGCACUGCAGUCCCAGGUUCUUCAGUAUCGGUCUACCUGGAGCCACCAUGUUGAUUCUGGACUUCAUAAUUGCAGCUUCUAGAGUCACUGCCUGCUCAUCACUAAAUGCCCCGAGAGUGGAGGCCCAGAUUCUGCUUGGAUCUCUGGUGUGUUUUCCCAACUUGUAUGGGGAACUCCCGGCCCUCCAUCCAACCACAGCCGACGUGGUGCUCACCAAGUUCCCUGACGUCAAGGAGCACAUUAUCAAAACCAUCCUGACCUCUGCCCGGGACGAACCCUCAGCACCUGCUAGGUGUGUGGCUCUGUGCAGUCUGGGGAUCUGGCUGUGUGAGGAGCUGUCUCAUGGGACUCAACAUCCACAGAUUAAGGAUGCUCUCAAUGUCAUCUGUGUCACUCUGAAGUAUCCCAAUAAGAAUGUAGCACUGGUGGCGUCAGACAUCCUUCACCUUCUCAUCAGUCACGUGGAUCAUCUUCUCAAAUUCCCUCCCGACACUCCAAAGAAGAUCGUUGAGAUUUUGAUUGCCACCAUCACGUACCUGCUGCCUACUACUGAGUCCUCUCCACAUGAGCUGGAUAAGAGGCUGGUAGUGUCCCUCCUGUUGUGUCUGCUGGACUGGGUGAUGGCUCUGCCUCCAAAGACUCUCCUUCAGCCUGUUCAAACACAAAGCCCCUUAGACAGGGAGCAGCCCACCAAGACCCUGCUCAGCUGUAUUUAUAAGGUGUUGCACGGGUGUGUGUACGGAGCUCAGUCUAUCUCCAGCGCCAAGUAUAAUCCGCUGCAGCUGUCAGACCUGCUCAGUCCAGACUACGACCCCUUCCUGCCAUUAGAGAGCCUCAGAGAACCAGAACCGCUACACAGCCCGGACUCUGAACGCUCCAACAAACUACAGCCAGUCACUGAAGUUCGUAGCCGUAUUCAGCAGGGCCUGGUUUCCAUAGCAGCCAGGACAGUUAUCACCCACCUGGUCAACCAUCUAGGGCAUUACCCCAUGUCUGGAGGGCCUGCUACUCUGUCUAGCCAGGUUUGUGAGAACCAAGACAACCCGUACUGUGAGAGUGCAGAUCUGGGACCAGAACUAUUCCACUCACCAAACCUACAGUUCCUGGUUCUGAACGGCUCCACGCUGCUUUCAGUGCUUCAGAUCCGGUCAGAGUCUGGUGUACCGGGAGGCGGAAUGACAGCCGGUUUGUCCUCCGCUCCCGCCUGCGUUCGGGUCAUCAUCCGAGACAUAGCCGGAAAGCACUCUUGGGACUCCGCCGUCCUUUACGGGCCCCCACCGUGCUCCCCAAGCAGCCCGGCACACACCCUCCUGACACACACACAAUCGCCUCACAGUGCGAAUCUCCAGUUACGCACCCCACCAGGCGGUCCGGUGAAAAAGACAGAAGCUGAGAGAGGAGAAGUAGAGGAAGACGGGCAGGAGGAAAGAGAGUCUGAGGAGGGAGGACGAGGGACGGAGGGCGAAAGGCAAGAGUUGGAGGGAGAGGGAGAGGAGGAAGAAGGAGAGGAGAGGAAAGUCGCUGAGAAGGAAAGAGGAGGAGAAGAGGAAGAGGAGGAGCAGGAGGAGGGGAACACGGAGUAUAGAAUGGAUGCGGAGGGGGAUAGAGGAGAGCCGUGCUCAGAACAGCUCCUGGCGCCGCCAUUGGCUAAGCGCGUGUGUCGGGAGGCGGUGCCGGCGUGGGAUUCGCUUAGGGAAGGAGAUGACGCACUGGAUGAAAUGCUGCAGUAUCUGGGAUACUCCAGUCCAGAAUGUCUUCAGAGGGCAGGCAUGCCGCUCAACAUCCCGGCCCCUCCUCCAGCCUGUGUUUCAGAAAAGCAGGAGAACGACGUGAUCAACGCCAUCCUGAAGCAGAGUGCUGCCGAGCGAGAGUUCGUCCUUCAUAGAGGUGAGGAUUUGAACAUGAGAGCAGUGCAGCAGCCUGAACCAGAGACCCAGACACCACAGUCUGCCUUCUACUACUGCAGACUAUUAAUCAACAUACUGGGACUCAACUCCUGGGAGAAGAGGACUAACUUUCAUUUGUUGAGGAAAAACGAGAAGUUGCUGAGAGAGCUGAAGAACCUGGACUCACGGCAGUGCCGUGAGACUCAUAAAAUAGCAGUAUUUUAUGUGGCUGAGGGCCAAGAGGACAAACACUCCAUCCUAACCAACACAGCGGGCAGCCAGGCCUAUGAAGACUUUGUGUCUGGACUGGGCUGGGAGGUGGACCUCACCACUCACUGCGGCUUCAUGGGAGGUCUCCAGAGGAAUCGCAGCACAGGCCAGACCACGCCUUACUACGCCACCUCCACCACCGAGGUCAUCUACCACGUGUCCACGCGCAUGCCCCACGACCAAGACCACAACCUCACCAAGAAGCUGAGACACUUGGGUAAUGACGAGGUCCACAUCGUUUGGUCGGAACAUUCCAGAGACUACCGUCGAGGGAUCAUCCCCACUGAAUUUGGAGACGUGCUCAUCGUCAUCUACCCCAUGAAGAACCACAUGUACUCCAUCCAUAUCCUUAAAAAACCUGAGGUGCCAUUCUUUGGUCCACUGUUUGACGGUGCUAUAGUGGACAUGAAGAUUUUGCCCACCAUGGUCAGAGCCACAGCCAUCAAUGCCAGUCGAGCUCUCAAAUCACUCAUUCCUCUAUACCAGAACUUCUACGAGGAACGCGCCCGAUACCUAGAAACCAUCGUGCAGCAUCACCAGGAGCCGACCACAUUCGAGGAUUACGCAGCUCGCGUCUACAGCCCCGCUCCCUGCACACACCUGCCUUCUGACACAGGCUCCUGCCUCGAGAUUCUUCGGGGAGAAAGUCCGGCACUUGGGGAGGCCGGGAGCGACUCGGCGUCCCCCAUGUCUCCUCGGACUAGCAAGAGCCGCAUGUCCAUGAAGCUGCGACGCUCCUCUGGAUCAGCCAAUAAGACUUGAGCUGUUUUUUUUUUUUCUUUUUUCUUUUUUUAACCGCAGCUCAGCCGGAACUGACACUUCAUAUCACGUUACUCCUUUUAUGAAAGACAUUCAGUCUGUAAAACGGUUCUGUUAAAAAAAUUAAAAAUCCCCCCUCCCU